UUCUAUGAUAGUGUAAUUUCAUAUAUAUAAAUGGCUCCUUAUGUUUAUGAAUAAUAUAGAAAUAUAGAUUUCAUUCUCUAGUUUCACAACACGUUAUCACCACGAUUACUCUAAAACCCUAAGCUAAACAAACCCUAGCCGGAGAAUCCAUAAUCCCCUCUACGAUAAACCCUAACCGUUGAGAACUCCCGAUCACGAACCCUAAACCUAUUACUCAUCAUGUUCCCGUUCGUGACACGAUUCCAGCUCACGACCUCAGACCGUCUCAGCUCGAUCCCGAGAAACGAUCUCAGCCAGCUUGCGAUAGACGACUCGAUACCGCUCGCGAUAACACCUUGUUUCCGUUCGUGAUUAGACGAUCUCAGCUUCAGCUCGCGUUCCCGAUACCAGCAAGGACAGCUCGCGAUACGCUCCAGCUCUAGACGGCCUUAGCUCGUUGGCGUAUCAAUCUCAACGUUUAGCUCGCGAUCCUCAUCUCAUUGGUGGUCCAUUCAACCCUACUUGAGGUUAAGGUAACCCUUAAACCCUAAUCGAAACCCUAGGGUAAUAGAUCAAAACCCCAAUGAGUAAAUCGAAGCUCAUAAUCAUAAGUUCGAUUCCCUAAACCCCAAUUGAUCUAAUGAUCAAAAUCAUUUCCUAAUACCCUUAGCCGCAUACAUGCAUAAUGCAUGCUAUGCAUGAAAUCGAUUAAAACCCUAAAGCUAAUGCAUAAUCGAUUUUAUCCAAACCUAAUUAAUCUCUGAGAUCGAAAUUGAUUGUUUGAAUGAUUGUAUGUUUGGAUAUAGUAUGCUAGCCUUGAUUAAUUAAAACCGUAUUGAAUUUAAUCACAUAGAAAUCGAUUGCUAGGAUUGAUAAUCUCAUUCUUGAAUUUGGUUGUUUGAAUUGAUAAAACCGAUUGAAUGAUUUUCAAAUUGAAGUCGUAUUGAUUGUUUGAUCGAAACCCUAAUGUCUUGAAAUUAAAAUCGAAUACUAUCUUGUUUGAUUGAUUAAAACCGAAUGCUUGAAUUGAAAUAGAAAUCGCUUGUUAGGUUAAAUGAUUUAUGCAUUCUCGUCUUGAUAAUGAUCCGGCUAGUAUUGAUAGUUUUCAUACAAUCUCGAAUGAACCCUAAUUUAUGCAUUGCUCGACUGUUUGGUUGCAAUUACACAUUGAACUCUUAGAAAACCGUUUGCUAAGAUCGAAAACGAAUGACCAUUGUAUUGAUUGCAUUGAAACCGUUUUCUAAGAUUGUAGCCGUGCGGCUUGUUUGCAUCAUGCAUGCAUAAUAGUACGAACUGAUUGCAUGAUCCGAAUGCUAAGAUUGAACAUGUAUGCAUCAUAUACGAAUGACCUAUUUGCAUCAUACUUAGAAUCCGGAUUGCUUGAGCAUAUUGAUUGCAUUCGCUUGAACACUUUUAAAUCUAAAUUAUGAAACAUAUGAUUUCAGAUGUCAAAAAUCAACAACUUGGAUUUUGCUGCCCUAAGUCUCUCUGGAGAUAAUUACUUGCAAUGGACACUUGAUGCUAAGAUCAUCUUAAAAUCCAAGGGACUCGGUGAAUGUAUCACCGAGGGCAAUAAUGCAAAUGAGAAAGAUAGAUACAGUGCUAUAUUAAUUAUACGCCAUCAUCUUAUUGAGAGUCUCAAAGAUCAGUAUUUGACUAUUGAGAAUCCUCUAGACCUUUGGACAGAGUUGAAAACGAGAUAUGAUCACCAGAGAACGGUGUUAUUACCAAAGGCUAUGUAUGAUUGGAGGAAUCUCAUAAUCCAGGACUUUAAGUCCAUGGACGAGUAUAACCUGGCCCUGUUAAAAAUAGUUUCAAAGUUGAAACUGUGUGGUGAGGAUAUAACGGAUAAGGAUAUGCUUGAGAAAAUCUUUUCCACUUUCCACACAAGUAAUGUGUUGUUACAACAACAGUACUGUGAGAAGGGCUUCUCUACUGAUGCUAAUCUGAUCUCUUGUCUCUUGCUCGCUGAGCAGAACAAUGAGCUGUUGAUGAGAAACAGUGAAUUGAGACCUCCUGGAAAAAACCCAUUACCUGAGACACAUGCGACCGUAGAGGCUAAGAAAGAGUCGAACCAUGUUCAAAGUGAUAGCCAACACGACCGUGGUCGUGGAAAGUGGCAUGGACGUGGUCGAGGCCGUAACUCGUUUGGUCGAGGCCGAGGCAACUCAUAUGGCCGUGGCUUCUAUGGAGGCCGUGGACAUGGCCGAGGCCGUGGUACAUCAUUUAAGCCACAAAAAUCGACCAAAUCCGUGUGCCAUAGAUGUGGUAUGGGUUUCAAUAUAAGCAUUGAGAAAUCCACAGUGUAUAUGGCUGGAGUCUCAGUAGUUGAAAGGAGCAGGAUCUUGACAAACUUCCCGUUUGCUGUUGGUGAGCUUCGGGUUCAUUACUUGGGCCUUCCUCUUAUAACGAAAGGGAUGAAAAAACAAGACUACUUGCCUCUUGUGGAAAAGAUCAGAAGCAGGAUCAACACUUGGACUUGCAGAUUUCUAUUUUAUGCUGGAAGGCUUCAAUUGAUAAAAGCAGUCCUGAUGAGCAUUGUUAAUUUCUGGGCAGGGGUCUAUAGACUUCCUAGCAAGUGUAUGAAGGAGAUUGAACAGCUUUGCUCAUCAUAUCUCUGGUCUGGUCAUGAACUGAAAGCAACAAGUUCAAAAGUAGCUUGGACAGUUGUAUGCAAGGUGCAGAAUGAAGGUCGACUGGGUAUUCGACCUCUGAAGGAAGUUAAUAUGGUUUAUGGGUUGAAACUCACAUGGAGACUGUUAUUAGAAGAGUCUUUGUGGGAUAAAUGGAUCAAAUCCAAUCUUCUCAAGCAAAAAAGUUUUGGGAAGUGA